AUGACUGGGACUGCCCUGCCGCCGCUCAACGCCGCCUGGGAUCCGCGCCUCGAGACGCCCGACGCGGACGAGUUCUGCUGGACGCCGCUGCAACUCGCCGCGCGCUCCGGCGACCUCGCCCUCAUGCGGCGCAUCCUCGACGCGGACCCGGCCGCCGCGCAUGCUCCGCCGCGCGGGUACUACGGGCAGACGGCGCUGCAGGCCGCGUGCGUGCAGGGCGACCUGGCCGCCGUGCGGCUGCUGCUCGCUGCCGGCGCAGACGUGCACGCCGGUGGCGGCCACAACAUGCAGCGCAACGCACUGCAGCUCGCCUGCGGCCAGGGCGACGAGGCCGUCGUGGACGCGCUGCUGGCCGCCGGCGCACGCGUGGACGAGCCGGCGGUGACGCGGUACAACGGCCGGACCGCGCUGCAGGCCGCGUGCGAGCGCGGACACGCGGGCAGGGCGGACAUCAUCGAGAUGCUGCUGGCGGCGGGCGCGGAGGUGAAUGCGCGGAGUGCGAGGAGAGGACGGGCGCAGAGCGCGUUGCAGAGCGCGGUGGCGGCAGGGCACGAGGAGGCGGCGCGGGUGCUCCGGGAGAAUGGCGCGACGGGCAAGUCUGGCGGCCGGUGUUUUCUGUUCCCAUAA